AUGGUCGUCGUCGAUUCUGUCGUCGAGAGUGGCCGAGCGUCUAUUCGGUCCGGGAUCUCCCAAACUGGGUCAACUGCAACCGUGGUCUCGCUCAAGGAGGAGAAAGGGGAGAAGAGGAAACAGUCGAAUCACGCAGCGCAUCCUGAUGGCGAAGGGCCCUCUGCCAUUCCCGAGGAUAAAAGAGAAGAGGCAUUUGAGAGCGUCGAGGACGACUGGCAGCAUGACCUUCGCAAUCCUCGCAACUGGCCAGGUCGCAGAAAAUGGAUCGUGGUCGGCGCAGCGUCAUUCUAUACAUUCGUCCCGCCAUUGAGCAGUUCUAUCAUGGCUCCUGCUUUGCCCUUUAUCGCGGACGACUUUGGAAUUACGAGCGAAACACUGCUUUCCUUGACGCUUUCUAUCUUCCUCUUUUCCUUCGCUUUCACGCCUUUGCUAUAUGCACCUUUGUCGGAGAUAUAUGGACGCAAAUGGGUACGAUGUCCCUCACCAUCCCGUUCACUCGGCAUUGAAACACCGUAUCCCUUGAAGAUUCUGGACAUUAGCAACCUCUUCUUUCUCGCUAUGAAUCUGGGAUGUGCCUUUUCACCUACUACUGGAUCAUUGCUCGCAUUCCGCUUCAUGUGCGGUGGAUUUGGUGCUGCACCUAUCGCAAUUGGUGGGGGCAUCAUAGGAGACCUCUUCUCAGAACACGAGCGAGCUCCAGCCAUGGCUAUCUACACGUUGGGGCCCCUCAUCGGCCCCGUUAUCGGUCCAGUUAUGGGUGGGUUCCUCGGCGAGAGCGUGGGCUGGAAGUAUUGCUUCAUCCUGAUCGUCGCAUUGGCGGGCGCCGCCGCUGUUGUUGGCUUACCUUGCUUGCGCGAGACAUACGCGCCUGUCAUCCGCCUGCGACUCGCGAAAAGUAUGGAUCCUGAAGAGGCGAUGAAGCGUCACCCACACCUCAUGGAAGCCCAUGACCCCAAGAAAAGGUGGCAGAUCAUCAAGGUCAACUUGGUUCGCCCAUUUGUGCUGCUUACGCGCAGCUUGAUUUGCUUCGUACUUAGUCUAUAUAUGGCGUUGCUGUAUGGGAUCUACUACCUCAUAUUCUCGACAUUCCCGGACCUGUUUGCGGAUAAGUACGGGUUCAAUGCUGGUACCAGCGGGCUUGCAUACCUCGGGCUCGGCAUCGGCUUCUUUUUGGCCACUAUGAUGGGUGGUCAUCUAGGAAACAUCAUCUAUAUGCAUUAUACCAACAAAAAUGGUGGCGUGAGCAAGCCAGAGUUCCGUGUACCCGCUCUAAUCCUUGGAUCGAUCUUCGUACCGAUUGGACUGUUCUGGUAUGGAUGGUCCGCCGAGACUGGCAUACAUUGGAUCAUGCCAAUUAUCGGAACAGGAUGGUUCGGCUUUGGAAUGAUGGCAACAUAUUUGCCUUGCCAGCUUUACCUGAUCGACACCUUCCCAUACGCGGCUUCAGCACUCUCCGCCGCUUCCGUCGCACGAUCCAUAUUGGGAUUCUGCUUCCCGCUCUUCGCAGGACAGAUGUAUACCGCGAUGGGUUACGGGGGAGGAACCUCACUCCUCGGCGGUCUUGCCAUCGUGCUUGGUAUCCCGUUCCCAUUGUACUUGUGGCGACACGGUGAACAAAUGCGGGCCCGAGACAAACUGGCGCAUCAACCAAAGUGA